CGUGUUUGUGGCCUCUCGGUUUCCUGUGCCAUUGAUCAUUGCGUGUUGAUACAUCCAUCGGUCUGCUGGAUGCCACAGGAAAAGGAGGGGGUCAAAGUGGCAGUUGUACCUGUCCUUGUACCUGUACCUGUACCUGUACUUGUGCAGGGCGCACCGCACCCACCAGCGAACGGCUUAUCAUCCAAGGAUUUCCACGAAUCUGGACCUACGGUGGGGAUAGGAGGAAGGGCAAAUCGGAUUCUCAGUGCCAGCAGUCGGUUGAACAUAUUCGUUCAAUCCCUGUUUGUUGUUGCCCCAUCUGCCGUGCAGUGAGUUGGGUGAAACUGGAUAAGUUAUCGGUGGUCGGAUUGUCACCCAGAAGAAAAUUCAGAAAAAUCGAAAACAGUAAAGAUCGGAAAUGUAGAAGAGUUGAAGUAGGCA